UGUUCGCGCCGCCCCUCUGACCCCGCCACCCUGGGCAUUGUUCUCUGUUCGCCUGGGUCGCGGGUGGGAGGCGAGGCACGCAGGGGUUCCCGAGCCUGGCUCUGCGCCAGGCCCGCGGCCUUCGGCCCUGGGGCCACUGGGGCCGCUGGGGCGACCGCGCCCGGGAGCGGGAGGCGAGCACGCGGGGCCGGGCGACUCAGCCGGCGCAGCCAUGGGCUCCCGUGGCUCCCACGCCGCGCGCAUUCCCGACGGGGACAGCAUCCGGCGGGAGACAGGCUUCUCGCAGGCCAGUCUGCUCCGCCUCUACCACCGGUUUCGGGCCCUGGACAGGAACAAGAAGGGCUACCUGAGCCGCAUGGAUCUGCAGCAGAUUGGGGCGCUGGCCGUGAACCCCCUGGGAGAACGCAUUAUAGACAGCUUCUUCCCUGAUGGGAAUCUGCGAGUGGAUUUCCCAGGCUUUGUCAGAGUCCUGGCUCAUUUUCGACCCGUCGAUGAUGAGGACCCAAGCAUGCGAGACCCCAAGGAACCUGAACCCCUCAACAGCAGAAUGAACAAACUUCGCUUUGCAUUUCAGCUUUAUGACCUGGAUCGAGAUGGAAAGAUCUCCAGGCAUGAGAUGCUACAGGUCCUCCGGCUGAUGGUUGGGGUGCAGGUGACAGAAGAGCAGUUGGAGAGCAUUGCGGACCGCACAGUGCAGGAAGCAGAUGAAGAUGGGGAUGGGGCCGUGUCCUUCCUGGAGUUCGCCAAGUCCUUAGAGAAAAUGGACAUCGAGCAGAAAAUGAGCAUCCGGAUCCUGAAGUGACCCCUUGGUGCCUUUUUGGCUAGCUCACACAGACCAGUUCAGCCUUGGAUUUAUCUUCAGCCCCCACAGAGGCUGGGUCCCCAUAAACUGGAUUCUUGUGUCUAUGGUAAACUCCAUUUAGGGCCAAGGAGAGAAAGCCGGAAGGGCGUUUACUAAAUAAAGUCUGGCUCAUCUGAUCUCAGAUUCGUGAAUCAGCCAGCAAUCUUCUGGUUGCAAGCGGCUGGAAACCCAACUUACAGCAACUUCAGUAAAAAAGAGAUUUUAUGGGCCCAUAUAAUUAAAAAGUUUGAAAGUAUCUUCAGAAUGCUGGACAAGUCCGGAAGUGUCUUCAGGCACAGUUAGAUUCAAAGGGCUCACACAAUGCUAUCAGGACUCAGUGGUUCAUUUCUCAGUUUUCUUUUGCGUUGGCUCUAUUCUCAGGAGGGCUCUUUCCUCUUGGUGGAGGAUGGCCACCAGCAGCUCCAGGGUUCCAUCCUACUAGCCUAGUAAUCCAGUGGGAAGGGAUUUCCUUUUUCAGUAAUUCUAAGCAAAGAGUGCCAUUGGCCUGAGUGGGUUCUUGUCCCAUGUUAGGGUACCCAAUGGAGGAAUUCUUGAAGUCUGACUUUUUAAAUGGGUCUUCACGGAUUCUGUGGGUGCAUGCCACUGUGAUGGGGGUGGGCAGGUGGGGGCAGAGAUGACAGAAAAGUAAUAAACAAGACAUACCUUCCCAAGGCAUGAAAUUAUUUAAAGAUUUGGAGAAUAAUUCCAUUUUUUCAUGGUAAGAUGUUCAAACAUUGCUAUAUCACAGAAUAGAGGGUAGAAGUUGCAUAAAAUUGUGAGAUCCUGUGUCUACCGCAAAAUGCUCUGGCUGUACCUAUAGGAGAUGCUGUUGGUGCCCUGCCCGUUAUCUUCUCCCAGCGCUGUGCUGGAGCUGUCUUAUGUCAACACACAGAGACUGUCUGUGCGCCUCUGGCUUCCAUCUGCGUUUUCAGUGAUGUCCCGUUGGUAGCUUGAAUUGGCUGUGGUGGGAUAUUUACACCAUGGGCGUUGGCAAAUGUAAUAGACUAGGGCUUUUCUGCUUAGGAGAGCCCCUUGUUAAACUUAGCAGCACACCACCUGCUUGGCAUUCACCAUUCCGGUACAUGUCAGUGGCUUCCAUCUUACCCCAGCUUUAUUGUAUCAUAAUUGGUGUAUAAAAAACUGUACAUAAUUGAUGUAUACAAUGUGAUGAGUUUGGAUGUAGGUAUACACUCAUGUUACCAUCACCACAAUCAAGAAAUAAACAUCCAUCAU